CUCGGAAACACCGCCCUCACUUUGGUUCCUACAAAGGAGCAAGGCUGGCUCGUCUCCUGGAAAACUUGAAGCAGGAUGCAGUAACAUUUGAGGACAUGGCUCUGUACUUCAUAGAAGAGGAAUGGGCUCUCUUGGAUUGGAGUCAGAGAGCUUUGUACUGGGAAGUUAUGCAAGAGAAUUAUGACAAUUUGCUCUCCCGAGGAAUUCCACUUGUCAAGCCUGAUUUGAUCCCCUGACUUGAGCAGGACCCCUGGUUUCUGGACCAACUUGUCUUAGAGAAAAUGAACUUUGCCUCACAGCCCAAGACAGAAUUUCCUGAUAGAAGAAUCAAGAUGGAACGAGAAGAGGAGCCAUGUGGCCUGCAUCAGGAGGAUCUGAAGACCUUCCCAGAGACCAAUUCAGGAUUUCCACUUGUUAAGCCUGAUCUGAUUUCCUGGCCUGAACAAAAACCUUGCUUUCCCAAUCAUCUUGCCUUGGAGAAAAUGGAUGCUCCAUCACAACAGCCCAAUGCAGGGGUCCCUGAAGUGAUGGUCAAGCUGGAACAGGAAGAGGUGCCAUGUAGCCUACUCAAGCAGGAACCCAAGACCUUCACAGAUAUCAGCUCAGGAUUUCCUGGUGUUAUAAUAAAGCAAGACAAAGAAGAGAAGAUGUGUGUUAUGGAUCACCAAGGAUCUGAGGAAAGUCUUAGCAUUGCUCCGGAUCAGCCAGGAUUUCCUGACCUUGUAAUAAAGGAAGAGGAAGAAGAGGAGCUGAGCAAGGGAUCAAGGGAAAGCCCAGAAUUUCCUGAUGUUAUAAUAAAACAGGAGGAAGACGAAAAGAUCUGUAUUAUGGAUCACCAGGGAUCUGAGGAAGGUCCUAGUACUGCUGUGGAUCAGUCAGCAGAUAACUGGAGGAAAGCUAACAUAUGUGCUCAGUGUUGGAUAUCUUUUUCGCAAACAUUGGAUCUCAGAAGCCACCAACAAUUCAAAUUGACUGAAAAGGAAAGUUAUUUGAGAGUCAAGUUCGCCAAAUGCAUCAGGUGUGGAAAAGAUUUUGCACAACCGCGGGCACUUCAGCUAAAAGAGAGUGUCCGCACUGGGAAAAAUUGCGUUAGAUAUGAGGCAUUUGAGAAAUAUCCUUCUUGUGAUUCAAAACAUGUAACCCAUGAGAGAGUUCACAUGGGAGAGAAACCAUUCAAAUGCCAGGAUUGUGGGAAAUGUUUUGCUUAUAAUUCCCAUCUUCUGAUACAUGAAAGAGUUCACACAGGAGAAAAACCAUACAAAUGUCUGGAGUGUGGAAAGAGUUAUGCUCAUGGUUCAACCCUGGUCAAGCACCAAAGAGUCCACACAGGUGAGAAACCAUACAACUGUCAGGAGUGUGGGAAAUCUUUCUUUUCUAGUUCACAGCUUGCAAUGCAUCAACGAGUCCACACAGGAGAAAAACCAUUCAAAUGCCAGGAUUGUGGGAAAUGUUUUGCUUGUAAUUCCAAUCUUCUGAUGCAUGAAAGAGUUCACACAGGAGAGAAAGCAUACAAAUGCCAGGAAUGUGGAAAAUAUUUCGCUCGAAAUUCACAGCUUGCGAGACAUCAGAUAAUCCACACAGGGGAGAAACCUUAUCUGUGCCAGGAAUGUGGAAAAUCAUUUUGUUCCAAGACAGAACUUGUGACACAUGAGCGGGUCCACACAGGAGAAAAACCAUACCAGUGCCAGGAGUGUGGGAAAUGUUUUGCUCGAAACUCCCAACUUGCAAAGCAUCAGACAGUUCACACAGGAGAAAAAGCAUACAAAUGCCAGCAGUGUGGAAAAUGUUUUGCUCAGAACGCCCACCUUGUAAGUCACCAGAGUGUCCAUACGGGUGAGAAACCCUACAAAUGCCAAGAAUGUGGGAAAUAUUUCGCUCGCAGUGCACAGCUUGCAAGACACCAGAAAAUCCACACAGGGGAGAAGCCCUAUCUGUGCCAGGAAUGUGGGAAAUGCUUUUAUCAGAAGACAGAACUUGUUGCCCAUCGGAGGUUCCACACAGGUGAGAACCCAUACAGAUGCCAGGAGUGUGGGAAGUGUUUUUCUCACAGUUCACCACUUGUGAAGCAUCAGAGAGCCCACAGAGGGGAAAAAGCCUUUAAGUGCCAAGAGUGUGGGAAAUGUUUUGGUCAAAAUAUACACCUUGUGAACCACCGAAGAGUCCACACUGGAGAAAAGCCAUACAGGUGCCAUCAGUGUGGUAAAUGCUUUGCUCAAAAUGCACCUCUUAUGAGGCACCAGAAAGUGCACACAGGAGAGAAGCCACUCAAAAUCCAAUGUCUUGAUUACAGUUCAGACCUUGCUGACAUCCAGACAGGUUCAGACCACCUCCAGAAUGUCCAAAUGGAAGACAAUCCAAACUAAACACCACCAAGUCCAGAUGGGAGAGAAAUUAUCCCUUUGCUAAGUGUGUCGGAAAUGUUUUGAUUGCGAGUCACAAAGGAGUCCUCGAAGGAGAAAUAAUAUAAUGCUGCCAUGAAUGGGAGAUAUUUUUUGACACAUGUCUAAUGUUAUGAACUGCCAGAGAGUUCCACAUGGGAGAAGAAACUGUAAAAAAUAACUAGCAGUGGGGAAGAUGUUUAUUUGGAGACCUGACCUUGUGAUCCACCUGAGAGAAAACAAAUCUAAUUGGAGAUUUAACAGGAGAAAAUGCUUUCAUAGAUCAUUUGCAACUGUAUGCUGAGAGUUGGUUUAAUUUUAAAGAGCGUGGGAAAAGAUUCUUGCAACCCAAGCCAAUACUUGUGUCUCCAGAGUAGAGAGAAGCCUGCCAGAGUAACCUGAGGAACAUUUUUCUCUUUUAGCACAUCUGAAAACAUGCUACAGAACUCACACAAGAAGACUACAAAUAAACCCUUUAAAUGCA